CUUGUCAAGGUGACCGAGAGCCACGGUUUUUUUUAAGUGGGUGCUCCGCAAGCCAGCUGUCUGCUUGUGGUCGGGGAGAGUGUACAGAGAGGCUGGGUGAUUAUCCGGUGUUAAAAUGUCGCUGCCGCAGUCGGAUAUCGAUAAGAGGAAGCAGAUAAGCGUGAGAGGCAUAGCGCAAGUUGAAGAUGUGACGAGCCUGAAGAAAGCGUUCAACCGUCAUCUCCACUACACCCUUGUCAAAGACAGGAAUGUCGCAACCCCUAGAGACUAUUAUUUCGCUUUAGCUCACACUGUCAGGGACAAUCUUGUUUCUAGAUGGAUUCGAACCCAGCAGUAUUAUUACGAAAAAGACCCCAAACGUGUGUACUACCUUUCGCUGGAGUACUACAUGGGUCGGUCUCUCCAGAACACCAUGAUCAACCUGGGAAUACAGAGCGGAUGCGACGAAGCUAUGUACCAGCUCGGCCUGGACAUCGAGGAGCUGGAGUCCCUGGAGGAGGACGCAGGUCUGGGUAACGGCGGCCUGGGGCGUCUCGCCGCCUGCUUCCUCGACUCCAUGGCCACGCUGGGCCUGGCCGCCUACGGCUACGGCAUACGCUACGAGUACGGCAUCUUCUCGCAGAAGAUCCAGAACGGGGAGCAGGCGGAGGAGCCCGACGAUUGGCUGCGGUACGGGAACCCGUGGGAGAAGGCGCGGCCGGAGUACAUGAUCCCGGUGAACUUCUACGGCCACGUCGAGGACUCGCCCCAGGGCAAGAAGUGGGUCAACACGCAGGUGGUGUUCGCUAUGCCGUACGACAACCCCAUCCCGGGCUACGGGAACAAUGUGGUCAACACACUGCGGCUCUGGUCGGCCAAGUCUCCGGUGCAGUUCGAUCUCAAGUUCUUCAACGACGGAGACUACAUCCAGGCUGUUCUGGACCGCAACCUCGCGGAAAACAUCUCGAGGGUGCUGUACCCCAACGACAACUUCUUCGAAGGGAAGGAGCUCCGGUUGAAGCAGGAGUACUUCAUGUGCGCUGCGACCCUGCAGGACAUCAUCAGGCGGUUCAAGUCGUCCAAGUUCGGGGUGAGGGACGUGGUCAGGACGUCCUUCGACGUCUUCCCGGACAAGGUGGCGAUCCAGCUGAACGACACGCAUCCGUCCCUGGCCAUCCCGGAGCUGAUGCGGAUCCUGGUGGACGUCGAGGGCCUGAGCUGGGACAAGGCGUGGGACAUCACGGUGCGCGCCUGCGCGUACACCAACCACACGGUGCUGCCCGAGGCGCUGGAGCGGUGGCCGUGCGACCUGCUGCAGAACAUCCUGCCUCGCCACAUGGAGAUCAUCUACCACAUCAACUUCCUGCACCUCGAGGAAGUGAAGCGGAGGUACCCCGGGGACCUGGACCGGCUCCGGCGGAUGUCCAUGGUGGAGGAGGACGGGGGCAAGCGGAUCAACAUGGCCCACCUGUCCAUCGUCGGCUCCCACGCCGUGAACGGAGUCGCCGCCAUCCACUCCCAGAUACUCAAGGACUCAGUUUUCAAAGACUUCUACGAGAUGACGCCGGAGAAGUUCCAGAACAAAACCAAUGGCAUCACUCCGCGCAGGUGGCUGCUGCUAUGCAACCCUUCAUUGGCUGACAUCAUCGCCGAGAAAAUAGGUGACGGCUGGGUGGUGCACCUGGACCAGCUGGCGCAACUCAGGCAGCACGCAAAGGACCCGGCCUUCCAGCGCGCCGUGCAGAAGGUCAAGCAGGAGAACAAGAUGCGGCUGGCCCAGGAGCUGGAGCGCGACUACGGCGUCAAGGUCAACCCUGCAUCGCUGUUCGACAUCCAGGUGAAGAGGAUCCACGAGUACAAGCGGCAGCUCAUGAACUGCCUCCACAUCAUCACGCUGUACAACCGCAUUAAGCGCGACCCGGCGGCCCCGUUCACGCCGCGCACCAUCAUGGUCGGAGGGAAGGCGGCGCCGGGCUACCACGUCGCCAAGAAGAUCAUCAAGCUGAUCUGCGCGGUGGGCAAGGUGGUGAACAGCGACCCGAUAGUCGGCGACAAGCUGAAGGUGAUCUUCCUGGAGAACUACCGCGUGACGCUGGCCGAGAGGAUCAUCCCGGCGGCCGACCUGAGCGAGCAGAUCUCCACCGCCGGCACGGAGGCCUCCGGCACGGGCAACAUGAAGUUCAUGCUGAACGGGGCGCUGACGAUCGGCACGCUGGACGGGGCCAACGUGGAGAUGGCGGAGGAGAUGGGCCGCGACAACAUCUUCAUCUUCGGCAUGACGGUGGACGAGGUGGAGGCCCUGAGGCGGCGGGGGUACGACGCGUACGACUACUACAACCGCCUGCCCGAGGCCCGCCAGUGCAUCGACCAGAUCCAGAACGGCUACUUCAGCCCGGGCAACCCGGACGAGUUCCGCGACAUCGCCGACAUCCUGCUCAAGUGGGACCGCUUCUACCUGCUGGCGGACUACGAGGCGUACGUCAAGUGCCAGGACACGGUCAGCGAGGUGUACCAGGAUCAGGCCAAGUGGCUGGAGAUGGCCAUCCACAACAUAGCGUCGUCGGGCAAGUUCUCGAGCGACCGCACCAUCGAGGAGUACGCCCGCGAGAUCUGGGACGUGGAGCCGUCCUGGGAGAGGCUCCCGGAGCCGCACGAGCCCCAGGACCAGCAGCCCCAGAAGCAGAAGGCCAAGAAGUAGAGGCCUGCUCGCCGCCCGGCGCGUAGCGAGACGUCGGCGAGUGGCUCGAGCGUGUGAGGUAGUCCCGUAACUAGCCAGCCAGCCAACGCCCGUUUUCCACCAUACAGCUUGCGUUUCUGGCCGUGACCUCCCCCGGCAGGGGCGUGGCCAGGAUGUCAUUUAUGACAUAGUCUGUUGAAAAUAAUUUGCUUUGAUGUUUCUGCAUGAAAUGUGCUAUUUUAAGAUCUCACUGAUAACCAGGGGCGUAGCCGGGGGGGGGGGGGUGGUUCGGGGUUCUAACCCCCCCUCCCCCUUUUGUUAUUCAUCACUGAAAAAAUUUCAUAUUAAAAUUAAUAAAAAUUUUUACCAUUACAAUAUUUAAAUUUGAGUACCGAAAACUGCUAAAAUAGCACUAUUUUACACCUUAAAAUCCAAAUUUUCCCGGGGGAGGACCCCCGGACCCCCCGCUUUAAUACUGGGGGGGGGGGGGGGCAUGCUGCUUAGCACCCCCCCCAUACACAAAUCCUGGCUACGGCACUGCUGAUAACUAACGUAGAACAAAAUACCAAAUUAAACAGUAUAUUGUAAUGAGGUUCUUACCUUUUUCUGCAGAAUUUUUUGAAAAAAAGGGUGAGGGCUGUGUUCCUCCUGGCUGCGCCUAUGAUUCUAAGGCCAGGUAUUCCAAGACACAAGAACAAGGGUUUAGGUGUUGAAUAUGGUACACAUGUAGGCCUACCAUAACUGUAUUUCUGGUGCACGAUAUGACACGGCCAGUCUUAUUAUUUUUAGGGAAAAGGAUUUUAGUGUCCUAUCCAUUGCCGAUCUGUUGUAAAAGUUUGCACAUUUUCGUUGAAUUAAUCCAGAUGGCAAACCUGCUUCUGACGCCAAAAAUCGUAUCUGUUCAAUUUCAUGAAACUGUUUGAUAGUGAAACUAUCACUUGGAAUACAUUUUAUUUAUUUGUGUAAUUAUUUUGCUAUCUAUCUGAUUUUUGCAUAGCAAUCAUAUCACUGGUUGCCUUUCUGAUAGCCAUACUGGGAUUCAGUUUGGCCCGUUCUGGAAUACGGGCCACGAGAUAGGUUACGGUUGUACCCCGACAAGGCAGUGCUUAUUCGCUACCUUAGCUAAAUGUCUUGGAUUACCACCCUUAGUACUUCAUACUGCUGUAGGAAGGUGCUCUGCUUUCAGAUAACACUUGCAGCCGAGUCAGGGCUUGAAACGUGCAAUCAAGCUGUGUGGAUUUCAAUGUUAACCAGUUGUUGUGGUACUGUCUUUAAAUACAUAGUGCGCAGUUAGUUUACGAAACACUUUUGUCGAUUCGUAGACGAUAGCUUUUAGUUUAAAAUAAUUUUAAAAAUCAAUGUCGUUUAAUAAAUUUGUUCUGUUAACUACAUGGUUUAGAAUCGUUGAAGAUAAGAAAUAAAUUCUUAUAUGGGUAAUUAUCAAGUUCCCAGUAUAUUUUUAAAAUGCUAAAGGAAAAAAAAUUAGUCAUGUUAAUUAUUUUAUACUGCAGGUCAGCUUAAUUAUUUAUUUUUUUUAAAAUGUUUUAUAUCUUCUUUUGUCAUUUUAGUUAUGCAAUUAUUUUGUGAUGGAACAUACAUUCAUGUCUUUCCGCCAUUCUCGCACACAAAAUGCACAAAUGCAUCACAUGUAAUUGAUUUGUGGAAAGAGAUGCAAUAAGCAGUUUAAUACCAAUUAUAUUUUUUUUUAUCAAUGCUGUAAGUUUUGCUACUAAUAUGUACAAAAAUGUGUUGCAGACCUCAAGAUUUGUAAUGACUUUGAAUUUUCCUGACUUGUUCCCUGAGAUUCAGAAUAUGAAUACACUGCCUAAAAACUUUUUAAGCAAAAGUAUUGUUUGUCGAAAAUUUUAUAUAUAAAGUACAGAGUUUCUUCUCAUAGCAGUUUGUAUGCUUUGAAUCCCUCAUUUGGUGCCAAACGUUUUCAGUUUGUGAUAUUAGAGAUAGUAAUGUUCAUGUUACCAUUUCCUGCAGAGAAAUUCAUAACUGCAGUAGCUAAUCUGUUUCAUUUUGUUGACAUGUUGUGUUAUACUCAACCUGUACAUUGUUUGGGUUUUAAUAAAUGUCUAUUUUCUUUCUAUAAA